CAUGUCGUGGGGUGAAAAUAACAUCAUCCAGUUGGUUUAAUGAUCAAUUCCCCGCAGGAAAGCCCUUCACAAGCUGGUUUGUUCCUUUGUUGCCCUCAUUCAGUCCUUGGCUGAGACAGAGAAGAUCAUGGCAGACAACUCCACCAGUGACUCCUACUACUUCAAGCAACAGCUUAAUGUGGCCGAUAUUGUUGUCAUCGUGAUAUAUUUUGUUUUAAAUGUGGCCGUAGGAAUAUGGUCUUCGUACAGAGCCAACAGAAGCACGCUAAAAGGAUACUUCCUUGCAGGAAGGGACAUGGCAUGGUGGCCAAUUGGAGCCUCCCUCUUUGCCAGCAGUGAAGGAUCUGGGCUAUUUAUUGGACUGGCUGGGUCAGGUGCAGCAGGAGGUGUGGCUGUUGCUGGCUUUGAGUGGAAUGCCACGUAUGUGCUGCUGGCACUGGCGUGGGUCUUUGUGCCCAUCUACAUGUCCUCAGAGAUUGUCACCUUGCCCGAGUACCUUCAGAAGAGAUAUGGAGGGUCCAGGAUACGCAUGUACCUGUCCAUCUUGUCGCUACUGCUGUCUGUUUUCACCAAGAUAUCACUGGACUUGUACGCUGGGGCCAUCUUUGUGCAAAUCUGUCUGGGCUGGAAUUUUUACCUGUCUACUGGCUUGGUGUUGGUGAUCACGGCGCUUUAUACCAUUGCAGGUGGCCUGGCUGCCGUCAUCUACACGGAUGCUCUGCAGACACUGAUUAUGGUCAUCGGGGCAAUCGUCCUAACAGUCAAAGCUUUUGACCAGAUUGGGGGCUAUGAGCAGUUGGAGGCCGCUUACUUGGGGGCCGUGCCAAACAAGACCAUCCCUAACACAACGUGCCACCUGCCCCGGGCGGAUGCCAUGCACAUGUUCCGAGACGCCUCCACUGGGGACCUCCCGUGGACCGGCAUGACCUUUGGCCUGACCAUCAUGGCGGCGUGGUACUGGUGCACGGACCAGGUCAUAGUACAGAGGUCCCUUUCUGCCAGGAACCUGAAUCAUGCCAAGGCAGGCUCGAUCCUUGCCAGCUACCUAAAGAUGCUGCCCAUGAUCCUCAUCAUCAUGCCAGGCAUGAUUAGUCGGGCCCUGUACCCAGAUGAUGUGGGCUGUGUGGUGACAUCUGAAUGCCUGAGGGCCUGUGGGAUCGAAGUGGGCUGCUCCAACAUCGCUUACCCCAAACUAGUGAUGGAGUUGAUGCCCAUGGGACUUCGGGGAUUGAUGAUUGCUGUCAUGAUGGCAGCUUUGAUAUCCUCCUUGACCUCCAUCUUCAACAGUAGCAGCACACUUUUCACUAUGGACAUCUGGAAGAAGCUGAGGCCUCAAGCAAGUGAAAAGGAGCUCCUAUUGGUGGGCAGGCUGGUUAUUGUGGUCCUCAUUGGCAUUAGUGUAGUCUGGAUCCCUGUCCUCCAGAGUUCCAGCAGUGGCCAGCUCUUCGUCUACAUGCAAGUAGUCACCAGUUCUUUGGCACCUCCAGUCACAGCUGUCUUCAUCCUAGCAGUAUUUUGGAAUCGGGCCAAUGAACAGGGGGCCUUCUGGGGCCUGAUGGUAGGGCUGGCAGUGGGAGCUACCCGGAUGAGCCUGGAAUUCAUUCACCCCGUGCCCCCUUGCGGCUCCCCGGACACCCGGCCAGCGGUGCUGCACCGUCUUCACUAUCUGCACUUCUCCGUGGUGCUCUUCUCCAUCGUAGCUGCCGUGGUCGCUGCGGUUAGCCUGCUGACGACCCCCCCUGACGAGUCUCAGAUCAAGAAUUUAACAUGGUGGACCCUUUCCAAGAGUGGCAAGAUGGCACUGGCAGAUGAUAUGGGAGACAAAGAUGGAAAGAAGCAAACUCGUUUCAAUCAAGCCUUCUGGACCCGAGUCUGCAACUUCAAUGCCAUUCUGCUUCUGUGUGUCAACAUAUUCUUCUACGCCUAUUUUGCCUGAUAAUGUUCAUUUCCUGGGAAGCCAGAGGGUCAUGGGAGAGACUCUCAGGGACGUAGAAGAGACUUAUCUUAAUCUGAUUGCUAGAGAAGGAUCAUGAACUAUUAGAACUUGAAGGACCUAUCUAGUCCAACUCAUUUGUUUUACCGAUGGGUCUUUGAAAAGGAAAGUGGCUUUGUAGAAGUUACAGAGCUUCUUGGUGAACCAUCUUGGAUCAAAACCCAAGGUCUUGCUAGGCCAAUACUAUUUCUGUUAAACAAAGCUUCCUUUCUUUUCCUGAUCCAGAGGCAUUUGAGUUGUGCAAAGUCCUUAAAUGAACACGUCUCUUUUAAUAUCAGAGCAUCUCACCAAUCACUAACAACAAUAACAAUUAUGUGUUAUAAUCUUUGGGCCAUCUUCAGUUUGGGCCAUCACCUGGGGAAUCCAAAGCCUAGAAAAGAACUUAAUCUGUCUUGGAAUCUCUAACCCCCACUCCCUAUUCCCACCCAUCAUUGCUUAAGGAAAUGUCAAAGAGACCUAGUUCUGACACUCUGGCUAUGUGAUCUUGGACAAAUCACUUUCCCUCUCUGAGACUCAAUUUCCUCAUCUGUAAAAAGAGUGGGCUGAACUAGAUGGUUUCUUAGGUUCUUUGGGGUCUAACAUUCUCUCAUUCUAUGCUUCCCUGACUUUUCCCUUCUCUCCUACCCCUAGUCUAUGGCCAAGUCCACACAAACCACGCUCCACAUGUCCAGCUUUCUCAGAAUGGGUUCUUCCCUCCCUCAAACUUCGUCUCUGAUUCAGGGAGGCCCUGGUCUUGACAUCUGAGUGGGAAGCAGGGGAAGAGGAGGCAUGAGCCUUGAGCAUCACUGAAGUUUGAUUGAGAGUCUGAAUGUAAUGGCAGGAGAGAAAGCUAAAUAGCCUAGCUAAGCCCAAACCAGUGUGGCAUGGGCCUCUUGAUGACCAUCCAAUAGAACCAGAGGGUAAACAAACACCAUAAGACUUAAUAGGCCUCCUAGGGUGCACUUCCCAUCUUUGUCACUUGGCUUCUGGCCAAACAUCAAGCACUUCUGCAAUGUAUGUAAAGCUAGAUGCACAGACAGAUCACUUCAGGGUUUGGUAUUGUAAAAAUUAAAUUGUGUCUCUACUCAUAAAAAUAUAUUAUUUUAUGAGGUUGAUUAAGGAUUAUUAGAAUCAAGGAUUCAAAAUAAUAAACACGUGCCCAUGGCUGAUUAGCCAAUUCAGAAUCCCUGCGCUUAGCUUACUUACUGCAUCAUUGCAAUGGAAUGGAAGAGAGUGAGGGAGGCGCUACUGCCAGUUAAAUACUAAUUGUGAUCUCGCCCAGGUGGAGACUCAGGUGAGAUUAUAGGGGAUUCUGGGAAACACCAAGGACUUCUGGGGAUUGAAGUCUAGGGUUCAAAUCUAUGUUUUUACAUCCUCCCCCUGAGGCCCGAGGAAGACUAGUCUCUCCAAUGGGUCUUGUAAACAUACCAACUUUGAAAUUACAAUAAUUUGAGAAUGAGGAAAAGAGAACAAAACUGAUAAUUGCUAGGCUCAUUGACAAAAAGCCAAUUGGGGGCAGUCCCUUUUGGCAUGAGUAUACAUACAAAAAAAAUGCAUUCAAAGCCCACACAGUUCAGAUCACCCCAUCCCAAAGUUCACUCUGGAUCUUCUGGUGCAGCGUGUGGUCUAUGGAGGCAUCUUCAUGGUGCCUUCUCCAAACUGUUCACUUUCUGGAUUUGGAGAGGUAGCAUGUUUCUUAAAAUAAAAUGACUCUCAAAAGGAAUUUAAAAUAAUAAUAAUUAUACAGUAUGCCUCCCAGGAACCCCUUGGCAUGUAUAUUUCUGAGUCAGAAAUGUUCCCAGAUCUGAAGAGAAAGGCAGUGUGGUUAGCCACCCUAUCACUCUCAAGGGAAUCAUAGGAACCCUGAUCUGGGACCCCUAAUCCUUUCCACAGUGGUGCCCCUUUCUUCCCUCUGUCUGCCCAAGGGAACCCUCCCCAUUGAACAACCCUGGUGUGCUCUAGGUCUCUGUCUGCUAGGACCCAGAGCACCAGGAGCAAUUAAGUGUACAGGAUUGACAAUGGGAUCAGCCUUUGGGAUUUAGCAUAUGUAGGUGGCUGACUCUGUGACAAUGGUGUCUAGGCAUUCACCUUCCCUCCUCCAAAGUGGAACUGAGGGCCUGCCCAGUAUCCCACUGUGGCAAGAGUCCUUGGACACUGCUCAUUGGAGUGGCUUCCUUGGGUGGUGGUCCAUGUCCUUAUCACCUCAUUCUUGGGCUAUUGUAGUAGCCACCCAAACAUUCUCCUUGCCUCUCUGACUCAUCCUAUCUAUGCCUCCAAGCUCAUCUUCCCCAAAUUCUAUUUUCCUCAUUCUUUCCUCCCCACACCACUGCCACCCACUCAAGAAUCGUCAAUGGUUCCCAGUCACUUCUAAGACAAAGUGCAAACUUCCCAAGGCCUUCUACAACUUGGCACCAUACCAUGCUUCCAACGCAUCUCCCCCCUCUUCCCCUUUAUGGAACUUAUGCUCUACUCACACUGGUUCUUUCACUGUCCCCUCAGUGAUGAUGAUGAUAGCUCACAUUUAUAUAGCACUUUGUGGUUUUCAAAGCACUUUCUAUAUAUUAUUGCAUUUGGUCCUCACAACGGACAAUCCUGAGAAGUAGGUGCCAUUAUUAUCCCCAUUUUACAGAUAAAGAAGCUGAGGAAGAGAGAGGUUAAGCAACCUGUCCAGGGCCAUAUUACUAGUCAGUGUCCCAGGCAGAAUUUAAACUCAAGUCUUCCUGAUUUCAAGUGGAGCACUAGUCAGCUCCUUCCUAUUUCUGGAACUUCUCUCGUGACAUCUCCCUUUCUUAAAAUGUUUCCCUGUGGCCAAAUCCUCCCCAUCUUUCUUGGCCCAAUUCCUGGGACUCAUACUUUCCAUACCAUGCAUUGGGGACUGAUCAUGUAUUGCCUGUUAUUAUGAUGUCUGUAUAUACUCUGUCUGCAGCUAUGAGUUCCCUAAGGGUAGAGACCGAAUCUUCUACUGAGUCCAUCUGGUCCAAGGCCUUAUGCUCAGAAGGUGUGGAAUGAACAUUUGCUGUUUAGUUGGAUGACUGAUGUGUUGUCCCCAAUUUGGGUUGCUAAGAUUUUAGGAUUGGAAGGACCUUAAAGAUCAUCUCCGAUUCUUGAUGGGGUAGACACCCCACUUCUUUUCUCAACUACUCCAAAGAGUGCAGGCCCAGGCCCUCUAGACACCUCCAUACACAGUUGUUGGGGGAUAGAGUCAUGGAUUCCUCCAACUCUAUCAUAGGGCCUCUUCUAUCCUAUCUAGGUUUUGACCAGUACAGAGCUGAUCCAUGGGGUCCAAAGUCCAUAUUAAGAUCCCUUUUAGACCUGCAUGAACUGAUGUGCAAUGAAAUAAGCAGAACCAGGAGAAGAUUGUAGGCAGUAACUGAAACAUUGUGGGACGAUCAAAUGUGAUUGACUUUGCUACUAAUAGCAAUGCAAGGAUCCACGACAAUCCCGAGGGAUUUUUGAGAAAGAACGCUGUCCACAUCAAGAGAAAGAACUGUGGGGGGAGAAAUCCAGGAGAAAACAUGUGAUUUAUUACUUGUUUAUAUGGGUAUAUGAUUUAGGGGUUUGAUCUUAAAGGAUUGCUCUUUUACAAAAAUAAUGUGGAAAUGGUUUUGAGUGAUAACAUAUAUGUAUAACCCAGUGGAAUUGCUUGUCAACUCGGGGGGGGGGGUGGGGAUGAGGGGAAGGAGAAAACAAGAAUCAUGUGACCAUAGGAAACCAUUUUAAAUUAAAAUUUAAAAAAAUUCCCAGUCAAUAAAAAAAUCAUUUUCAGAUAGUUUCUAAAUACCUAUAGAAUCGUUAUAGUAACAUUUUUUUGGGAAAGGGCAGCGAAGAAUUUUAGAAAGAAAGUAGGAUGCCCAUUGGUUGGAGAAUGUCUAAACAAGUAGUGGUACAUGGAUAUAAUGGAAUAUAGCUUUUCCAUAAGAAAUAACACAUAUGGAGAAGUCAGAGAAGUGUGGGGGAAACUGAGGCAGAAUGAAGUGGCAUAUAACAAGCACUUAAUACUUUUUCAUUCAUUCAUUCAUUCAUGUUCAGAGAAGACUAAUAUCUGCUGUGAGGGCUUGCGGAAUGCUUUUCGGGGCUACUUUUUUCUUCUGGUGUCCAGUUGCCACCCAGCUUCCACUGUGGUCCCAAGAAGCAUUAGCAUGCUCAGCAGUCACACCCUGGCAAACUGUCAUGGCAGACAAACUAAACCAGGUUGAAAGUAAGUGACAGUGACUUAGGGGAAAUGCAAAGACUUCCCCUGCCAGAAGGGCAGAUGAAAAUAAUUUGUUCCCAUGGCUAUGAAGGCAACUGAAGCAGGCACUGUGGAACACGUAGAGCUUGGUUAGGUAUCAAAGUAGCCAAGGUCAUCCUUUGCAUCCCGGGCCAUCUCAAGUCAUCUUUACCUUUGUCUCGCCAUUGGACUUGGAUGACUCUGGAAGGGAGAAGGAGGCUGCCAACUUCGUACAACUCUGCCUCACGUAAGUCCAAUUUAUGCACAAGUCAUCGCCCAAUGAUGUCAUUGGGACUCUUUGAAGUGAAGGCAGAACAACAAUAUUUAAUGCGUUUUCACUCAUUCAAAUAAACAGAACCAGAAAUGCAAUAUAUGCAAUGACUACAAUAAUGCAAAUGAAAAAUAACAACAAAUAAACCUGAAUGCAGAGUCAUUAUAAUGACCAAUUUGGCCCUGAAGAAGAGUAGAGAAAAAAUUCCCUCCACACUUUACAGACGUGAGGGACUAGGGUAUUGGAUUGUGUAUAUAAUAUAAUAUGUAUAAUUAUAAUAUAUUAUAUAUGUAUUUUAAUCUUUGUUACUAGAUAGGACAUACUUAGAAAUGUAUAUCAUGUAAAAAUAAGAUUAUAAUAGCAACAACUAACCUUUAUAUAGUGCUGCUUGCUGUGUACCAUUAUCUAGGGCUGAGCACUUUACAAAUAUUAUCUCUUUUGAUUCUUACAACAAUACUGGGAAGUAGGUGCUAUUUUUAUCCUCAUUUUACAGAUGAGAAAACUGAGAAACACAGGUUAGGUGACUCGUCCAGGGGCCCACAGCUAGGAAGCCCUGAGGCCAGACUUUAACUCAGGUUCUUCCUGACUCCAGAUCCAGCAUUCUAUCCACUGUGCUACCUAGCUGCCUAUAAUAGCAAUAAUAAGAAUAGUUAUGUAUAUAAAUAUACAUAUGAAUAUAUAUUAAAGUGCUUUCAGAGAAGUAGUAGGUGUCCAAGAAAUUGAGAGAAAUGUCAACUUCUCUGAGUCCUUAGGAGAAGAAAGGAUAAUAGAUUCAGAAUCAGAAGGGAUCUCAAAAGCAAUCUAGUCCAAACCCUUUAUUUUACAAAUUAGGAAAUUGAGGCCCUGGGAAGGUGAGAAGUUUGCCUAAGGUUACAUAGAUGGAAUACUUAAGAGAUAGGAUUUGAACCCAAGUCCUCUGACUUCACAGCAAGUCUUUUCCUACUUUGCCAAGAAGAAUUGCUCUCUUUUCUAAUUCCUAAUUCCCAGGGACUAUCUUUUUUGUCUCUUGUUUGAAUCCCUAGUCCUUAACAUGGUAUAUGGCACAUAGUAAACACUUAAUAAAUGUUUAUUGACUCAUUUAUUCAGACAAUGACUAGUCAUUUUAGUGACUGUACCUUCCCCCAAUAAUGUGUAUCUUGUUAUUUCCUGGACAGUGACUGAUUUAAGGAAAUUUAAGGAAAAUAAACAUUUUUUAUUUUAAUUCA